AUGACCACCCCACCACCAGGAUUCAGGACGCUCAGAGAGCUCCACAUGUUGAAAAACAACUCAAUGGUCAAUGUCAUUGCUCGUGUGCUGGCCAACCCGCCGGGUCUGAUUUCUCUCACCGACCUAACCAUUUGCGACCGGUCGGAAACCGACUUCGACGUGGUGGCCAACUUUGACAGAAACCCAGGCGAAUGGCACCCUACAGAAACCCCACAAGUCGGUGAUGUAGUGGUGCUGACAAACUUCAACAAAAAGACGGGCUACCAGAAGGGAAACCCCGUUCUAUACAGCAAGAAACACGUCUCCAAGGUCGUGUUCUACAACCAGAACUUGAAGUCAUACAACAAGUAUCCUGCCCUCGAACCUCCAGCAGAAUACAUCUCUAGUCACCCCGUCUACAAAUACAUAUCCAUUCUGAUCGAUGACUGGAAGCAGGACCCCAGAUCUGGCUGGGACGGAGAUGCAGCAGCUGUCAUGUCGUUCCCCAUGAGUCUCGAAGAAGUGAGCAAAAAGUUCGACACGAGCAGAUUGACGACAAUCAAGGGCAAGAUCAGCGAGCUGGAUACCGACGUAUUCCAACUCACUGACGCCCCAGGCUGGAAGGUCCAGUUGGGAGCUUACAAAUUCGAGGACGAAAUGAGACAGAGAUGCAGAGAGAAGUACUCAUGCCACGUGGAACUCAGCCACGUGAGAUUCAAGUCAUAUGACAAGAGCUCGAGGAAGCUGUUUGCGAAAAUGACUGACCGAACCUCCAUUGAUCCAGUGGAGGGCAAAGAACUGGAAUCGUUGAAGGCCAGACUGAGUGGCAAGAGCAAAAAAGCAGAUACGGAUGCGCCUUCAGAAGACAAUGAGGUGAACAUUGUGCCAUCCAAGAAGGUCCAGAGAUCCGAUGAUGACAGCGAGUCAGAGCAGGUGGAGGACUCUCCUGAAACUCCGGCAUAUUCCACCCCUGAAUCUUUUGAGCUUCAAUCGGAAACAAAUCUCGACUCGCAACAUUCUGAGACAGAAGAAAUGGGCGACGACGCCAUAAAUGAUCUUGUCAAUGCCGUUUGCGGAUCACCUGAAAGCUCGGCCAAGCCGGAUUCGCCCUUUUCACAUGACAAGUCCGAGACCGGGCAGAAUAAGCCUCCUCCAAGUGGCCAGCCCAGAAUGACUUCCCCCACUCCCCUUAGACCCGAGCCUGACCUCUUGAGUCAUCUGUCUCAAGGGACUUUAACCAAUAGAGAUAUCAGGUCUAGGGAUGUUUCACCCCGUGCCCGUGAAGAUGAUUCGGAGCAACCCGUCAUACCCCAUGAGAUUCCAGUUCGAAAGAAACUCAAAUCCGAAUCUCCCAUGUCGCGCACGCCUUUCAGCAGACCUCAAGUGUCGCAGCCGCCACCAGUGUCUCCCGUGUCGCAGGGACCAUCAGUGUCUCCCGUGUCGCAGGGACCAUCAGUGUCGCCUGUGUCGCAGGGGCCACCAGCACAAGAGUUUCCUACAGCGUCGCAGUCCGGCCCGAUGUUGGUCAUGUCUGAGUACAUCGUUCCCGACAUUGAAGAGCCGUACCUUGUUGUUUCAGGGGUGGUGAGGGGAGCCAGAGUGACCGACAAGGGUUUUUUGUCUUUCGCGGUAUACUGCGAAUGCGUGAACAAACUGUUCACGGUGAAGAUCCGCAAGGAAGAUGAGGGAGAGUUCCUCCUUGGCGUUUCCAAGCGCAAUCAAGAGAUGAAGCUGAAGGCGUUGGUCUCUUGGGCAGCCCAACAGGAACAUGUCAAGGUCAAUCUCAUUCAGGACGAGCACAAGAACGAGAAUGGGGAGUCGGAGUACUGGAGCGUCGGCAACUCGCUGGAGUGGCAGAUGUAA